AUGACCUCUCAUCUUAACGAGGAAUGCUUAUCGACGGUCAAAAGUGGGCGUGUGAAGCUUGUAUACGGGGCCACCGCGUUACCAGCUGCAAACACCAUGGUUAAUCGUCCGUUGAUUCGCAUCAAGCGUAAAGGCCGGCCUUUCGCAACGUGUACAAUGUGCAAUGCAACGCCCUGCACAUCUCCAAUGGAGCACGCGCGCGCAAAACGUGACGCAGAGCUCAAAUGUCCAAAAAAAGCCUCGAGCAACGGAAGACUCUAUCCGCGGCAUAACCCGACCGGUUUCCUUCCCAUUGCCCCCCGUCCAAGUCCGGGUCCGUCGGGGUCGAAUUCGGGUUCCGUGGGUGGGAAGCCUCUCUCAACGGCCGUGACAAACUCGAAGUCUAGGUCCGGGUCAAAAUCGGCCUGCUCGACCUCGCCGGCUUCGUCGCCCGCGAAGACCCCUAUCUACCAUGAUGCGGUUGGCGCAGGAGAUUGGUCGGGCUCGGAGGGCUCGAUAGCUAGGAUUGAGUCAUCCAGACACACUGUGUCUUUCUCUGGGUCAGGUAUGUCCGGUUUGGACCCGAAUCAGGCACUCAGCGCAGAGCAAGGUGGCUCCGCUUCACACUCCGCGCCGGGAUCACUGUAUGAAUAUCCCGUUACGUCGGAGGCUGAGGCCACAGCUGCUGCCUUGUUCGAUCCUGCAUAUUCUCUCCGGCCUUCUACGCUGGCUGUUUCGGGUUCGCAGCUCGCGCAGACGUUGACCAUGAUUAGUCCGCUCGAAGGGGUGAACCCCUUUGACUUCUCGCUGGACCCUGCGCUGGAAUUGGGUGAUAGCACAUUGGGAUAUUUGAACGAGGCCGACCUAAAUAUGGGUUUGGAGUUGCCGGCUAUGGAGGAAGUGUUUCAUGUCGAGGAUUGGUCUAGGUAUAUGUGGUCGGCUGAGACAGGGUUUGAGCAUUUAGAUACUGGAUUUCCACCUGUGUCGCAAUAA